AUGUCUGAUCAUACUACUUACAAUACAUUCGUCCGUACAAAUGGACCUCUAUCACAACAAGCAGAUGCAUUUUUCGCUAUCAUGCAAAAUUUUGCUUGGGGUCAGUUUUCACUAAUAUGCAAUCGUGCCGAAAAUCGUUUUAUUUGGAGCACCUUAUGUGAAUUAAUAACAGAAAAAUCGCGUCUACAGAACAAUCGCCAUAACAUUGCUUCAAAUAAGGAUUACGAUCUCACCAUGGCCACCGACGAUCAGAUGACGUCGUUAUUACAGGAGUUGCAAACAAAUUCACGAAAUUGUUACUUAUGUGACGUCGUUCACCCCAAAAAUAUGGAUAGUAUUCAGACUUGGUCGGUCUACUUAGUAAAAAUAAUUUAUCAAGUUUUACAUAAGCUUGCUAAUUGA